AUGCCACCGCCGUCGAAGGCGUUGACCGCGUCCUUCAAAGCCAACAAGCCUACCACCAAUGGCAACCAACGCACGACGCUCGCGGACCGCGCCGCGCAAUUCGACAAAACCCGACCGAUGCUUGCGCCGAAGCGGUCGAACAGCAACCUCGCGGCGAUGGCGAAGACGCCGGCGCCGGGUGUCAAAAGCGCCAUCGGGGGGAGUCGCCCGCCCGGCUCGUCCAGGCCUAACAGCUCGCUGGGCUUCAGACAUGCUACCCCCGCUCCCCGCAGGCCGUCUAGUGCACAGAGCAUGCAGGAGGACGAGGAGGUGUUUGACGGCGACGAUGGCCCAGAGAGCGCUUUUGAGAGAUUCAAGACGCCCCGCAUGAAAGAAUCGGAGCUGCAAUCGAAGCUGGCACAUCACGAGGCCGAGAUCAAGGAAUUGAAGUCGAUGUACUUUGACAGUCGGCAGGAGUCGGCCCAGAUCAAGGACAAAGAGGUACAGUGGGAGACAAAGCGGGUCAUGUUGGAGAGCGAGGCGGCUAGAGCGAAGGUCGAAGCCGAUACCUUCCGGCGGAAAGCGGCCGAACUGGAACGUACCCUCGAGGACGAGCGAAGAGAUCGCCGUAUUGAACGGGAAGAUGCUCAACGGAGGUCGAGGGAUGAGCUAGGCGACUUGAAGCGAGCCCACCAGCAGGCAAUGGACUCGUUGGAGCGUAAGCUCCGUAUGGAGCUCAUGGACGAGAAGGGAAAUAAGGCGAGAGAGAUUCAGGAGAUGAAGAACCAGAUCGCUAUGGAGAAACAGAGGUUGGAAAUGCAGAUGGAUGGUACCGGAAGGGAGACGAGGGGCUUGAAGAUGGAGCUGGAGGCGAAGAUGGCCGAACUUGAGCGGGAGCGCAACCUCAACAUUCAACUCCGGGACAAAAUCUCGGAAUCCGACUCGCUCAGUCUCGGCAUGGAGUCUACGACUCGGGCUCUCCGGACCCGGAUUGAGGCGCUCGAAAACCAAGGGCAGUCUCAGGCACAUGAUUUCGCUGCGUUGGAGCUACAGCUUAAAGAGGCGCACGAGAAGACGGCGAUUGUCGAAGAGAAGCUUCGCAACGAGGAGAUCAUCAGACGCAGACUGCACAACCAGGUUCAAGAGCUCAAGGGAAACAUCCGUGUGUUCUGCAGAGUCCGUCCAACUCUCCCACACGAAAGCGACAACGCGGCCGAAAUCCGCUUCCCGGAUACGGAAUUGGAAGGAAAGGAGAUCGAAGUGGUGGGACCCGCCGAGAAGAGCGCUUUGGGCAAGGAACUCACCAAGACGCAUCCGUUCUCGUUCGACAAGGUGUUUGGUCCCAGGGACCAGAAUGCCGAUGUGUUCGAAGAGAUUUCUCAGUUGAUUCAGAGUGCCUUGGACGGAUACAAUGUCUGCAUCUUCUGUUAUGGUCAGACCGGUGCCGGAAAGACGUUCACCAUGUCUUCUCCGGACGGUAUGAUUCCUCGAGCAGUGCAUCAGAUCUACGAGACGGCCAAGGGUCUCGAAUCCAAGGGCUGGACCUACACCAUGGAGGGAAACUUUGUCGAAGUCUACAACGAGAGCAUCAACGAUCUCUUGGGCAAGGCGGACGACUUGGACAAGAGAAAGCACGAGAUCCGUCACGAUCCCAAGGAGAUGAAGACUACCAUCACAGAUGUGGAGACUGUUGUCCUCGAGGACCCAGGCCAGGUUGACACCAUCCUCCGCCGCGCCUCACAAACCCGGUCGGUCGCCGCGACCAUGGCCAACCAGAGAUCCUCGCGGUCUCACAGUGUCUUCAUCCUCAAGCUCAAGGGUGUCAACCAUACAACUGGCCAACGGAGCGAGGGAACUCUCAACUUGGUCGAUUUGGCGGGUAGUGAGAGGCUGUCACACAGUCAGAGUGCGGGUGAGAGGCUGAAGGAAACCCAGAGCAUCAACAGGAGUUUGAGUUGCUUGGGAGACGUGAUUGCGGCGCUGGGCAGUGGCAAGGAGGGUACUCACAUCCCGUACAGGAACUCUAAGCUCACCUAUCUCCUGCAAUACUCGCUGGGCGGCAACAGCAAGUGUCUCAUGUUCGUGAUGGUGUCACCGAUGAUGGCCCACAUGAGUGAGACUUUAACUUCACUCAAGUUCGCGACCAAGGUCAACAACACCACCAUCGGCACUGCAAAGAAGCAGAUCAAGGUAUAG